AUGAGUCCUCCACCACCUAAACUGCCCUCUGUCCUGGUGAACCACAUCUCCUCGCACACAGGCCCAAUUAACGCCAUCACAUUCUCCUCUCUCGGCGGCACCUACGUCCUCACCGGCAGCUCAGACAGACAAGUCCAACUGACCCGCACCGAGCCGUCCAAGCCAGAGAACCCUUCCUCCGUACCGAUCCAGAAGUACUCCGCCCACGGCUACCCCAUUCUCGACAUCGCCUGCGCACAGGACAACCAGACCUUUGCAUCGGUCGGCGGCGACCGCGCCGUGUUUUUGUGGGACGUGCAGGCCGCGGAUGGCACGCUGAGGAGAUUCGGGAACAAUACCACACAGGGGCACACCAGUCGGAUCACAUGCGUGGCGUUCGCGGGGGACGGGGACAGCGUGCUCGCGAGCGGGAGUGAUGACACGAGCGUGAGACUGUGGGAUGUCAAGAGCCGGGAUGCACGGCCACUCAUGGUCCUCGAAGAGGCCAAAGACGGCAUCUCGAGUGUCGUGGUGCCCGGGAACGGACAUGAAUUAGUCGCAGGGAGUAUAGACGGCAGGGUACGGUCCUACGAUAUUCGCACCGGCAAAGUGGCCGUGGACGUGAUGCCAGGAAGCGUGACCAGUCUGGAUGUCUCGCGAGACGCGAAAACGAUCCUUGUGGGGUGUCUCGACGGAAGGAUCCGACUGAUGGAUCGCGGGGACGGGACGUGUCUGAGGGCCUUCCCACCCGAGGAUGCCAGGGAAGGGUACAAGAAUGAGGGUCUCCGGUUGAGGAGCUGUCUCGGCGCCAACGAGGCCAUGGUGCUGAGUGGGAGCGAGAGCGACGGUAUUGUGCGCGCCUGGGAUGUCCUCUCUGGCAAGAGCGCCGGGAGAGUUCAAGUCAGCGACUCUGGCCGCGUCGUGAGCGUCGUGAGAUGGAGAGAAGGCAGCCAGGCGCAGGCCCGACAGAGUCUCUGGGCCGGGGGAGGCGCAGAUGGCGUCGUCAAGAUCUACGGCGCUGGAUGA